AUGGCACUGGAGGAGAUUAAGACGAUGUUUGCUGGGAAAUGGAAGCUUGAUAGAAGCGAAAACUUUGACGUAUUCCUGAAAGAAAUGGGGGUUAACGUGUUGCUCCGCAAAAUGGCGGAGUCCAGCAGACCGGAACAAGUAAUCGAGGUCAAGGACGGUCAGAUCAGGAUAUCGACAAAAACCGGACUCUCGACGCAGGACGAUGUGUUUGAACUGGGAAAGGAAUGUGAAAUAGAGACGAACAAAGUUAAACAUAAGGUGAAGGUCGCGUACAGCGACGGACGGAUGGUGGUCAAUUCUCGGCCCAUGGCGUCCGACCUGAAGCCACAGCGGAUCUGUCGGGAGCUCAUCGAUAAUGAAAUGAUCAUGACAGUACACGUCGGCGACAUCAUCUGCAAGAGGAUAUUCCGGCGUGUAUAGCCUGCGGGUCUUUACCAAGGCAUUCUGGAGACCCUCAAUUGUGAGGGAUUAAGCGUCAGAUACAGUCUGACUGGUGUAGUAUUGAUGGAUAUACUCUCUAGACAUCAUCAGUUGCCGUAGGGUCACAGUGUCUGGUCACCAGGAGUCGAAGAGUGCAGGUGACCAUUUGAACACGUGAUCACUUGACAUGUUCCGGUGUCAUUUGACCAUUUAGCAGUGUGUAUUUCUUAGAACAGCAACUGAACAGUGACCACUUGGAAGAAUUGCGGUUAAAUAUUCUUACGGAUCAUUUCAAUUGGUGUUCAGAAUUCAGUUACCCAUGUCAGUUGGAACAGCCGUCGUUUGCCAUGUGAUGGUGAUAUAAAUGUUAACAUGGCCUCUCACCAACGGCUACGCAUGUUUAUCGACUUAUCGGUAAUACAAGACCAAUCGGGAAGUUUCCGCACAACUCUUUUAUCUAUAUUGAAACAGCUGAGACCGACAUGGCCUGAAUUAUGAAUGCUAUGACGUCAUAGCAAUGUCAUUACACUACAAGAGGUUCUUGAAGGUUUUGAGACAGCACAUGAAAAAAGAGUACUAGAGAUGUCGCUGAUUGUUUCAUUUUGAAAAAAACUGUUCAAGUAGAUAGGACGCCUAUCUGUUGGUCGUAUUUCAUUGGAACAAACUGUAAUUGAAUAAACGUUAUGUAUUAGGAU